AUGUCGAAUCCUCCACCAACUUGUGAACACAAAGAAUUAUGGAAUACACUUCAUAAUAAUACUUUUCAAUACGAUUACCAAAUGUAUUCAACAACAUUUAACUAUGCUAUGAAAAAGAAAGAUUUUGAACUUGUUGGUACAUCUGAAAAUCAAGCCAAAUUCAGAUUAGGUAGUCAAACAAUUGUUGUUAAUUUUGGCGAACAUGAUGGACUUUUCAUUGCCGAUAUGAAAUUUAAUAAUAACACCAAUGAAGUAAUUGAAAUUAACAUGACCGAUUAUUUAAAUAAAGAUAAACAUGAAGAAAAAGAUUAA